GUGUGUUUGUUUGUGUGUGUUUGUGUGCGUGUGCUCGUGCGGCUCCUCUCUCGUUCUCCUGCCGUGGUUCCUCUGAGCAGGGCCGUCCAGCCGGGGACAUGAACCCUCUGCGGAGCUCCGCGGAGCAGCGGCGGAUCCUGCGGGCCUGCGGGCGGCUGCUCUGGCCUCCAGCCGCCGCCAAGGUCCAGCUGUCCACUGGUCCCCCGGAGCCUGUCGUCCCGUCCAAGAAGCCCUUCAGAGUGGAGCUGGUGGGGGGGAAGCGCUACUCCUGGUGCAGCUGUGGACACAGCCGGAAGCAGCCCUUCUGCGACGGGGCGCACAAAGCCAAGGCUCCCGGUCUGAUGCCGCUGCGCUUCGUCCCAGAGGAAGACUCCACCGUCUGGCUGUGCGGCUGCAAACACACCAACACCCCUCCCUACUGCGACGGCACGCACAAGCAGGACUUCAUCCGCAGCAUGGCGCUGCACCAGCACCAGGACGCCUGAACGCCGCGACACGGUGCUGUCAUGGGGGACGGAUGGGGACAGGGCGGUGCUCUCCUGGAGGACUGACCGGGACAGGACGGUCCUCUCCUGGAGGACUGACCGGGACAGGACGGUCCUCUCCUGGAGGACUGACCGGGACAGGACGGUCCUCUCCUGGAGGACUGACCGGGACAGGACGGUCCUCUCCUGGAGGACUGACUGGGACAGGACGGUCCUCUCCUGGAGGACUGACCGGGACAGGACGGUCCUCUCAUGGGGGACGGACGGGGACUGUGGACGGGUUUAUUUGUGGGGGCAUUUUUCCUUUGGCUUCUCGUUUCUGUCACUUCCAGCUGAUGGAGGUUCUCUGUGGUCAUAUUGUGACACCUGGUGGUCACACAUGGUAUGAACGGUUCGACAUGUCCCUUCCUGAAAAAAUCACAUGACUGAUAAUCCAAUAAAAUCAAUAUAAUUAUAAAUGAUCACAUUAUUACUGUUGAUGAAGUUCACAUUAUGAGUUAGCGUUCCUCCUCCAACAUCCACAUCAUAGAGCGUCUUCCUUGGUGACUUUAAAGUGUAGUUGUUUUAAACCGCGGUCAGCUGGGACCUCGCAUGUAAUGAAGCGUCUGCAGGUGGACGAGGAUCAUUCUGUCCUCCAGGACGGCCUCUGUAAUCCACGGAGACUUUAAGAACUUGAAACUGGACAUUCAGCUCAGAAAAAGCUAGUAAGUAAACCUUUUAUUGACCUAAAACAUGCACAUAUGGCUGAUUCUUUUUAAAAAAUGAGAGAGAGAAUGAGGGCUUCACUGUUGGCUGAAACGGAAACGGGAAUGUUGAAACGGGUGGAGUCCCUCUGGACACCGUAGUGCUGGAAACUCCUGCCGGGUUUGGUUUGUGUGGCGACACCUCGACAAAGUGCAUCGACGGCUUUCAGUCAUGUACAGGGUUACAGCAGUGGUGAGGGAGCGCCGGCGGCGGCCGCCUCGCAGCAGUCUGUGUCCUGGAAGCCAAACGGAGCUGCGGGAAUCAAACCGGCCACUGCAGGUACAAUACAAAACCAUUACCAUAUCUUGUAUAAAAGAUAAGUUUAUACAUAUGUAUGCACACAUGCUCACAUUAGAUACACACUGUACAGUCUGUAUGUGUGCACUGCUCUAGUCUAACACACACACGCACGCGCACACACACACACACGCACACACGCACACACACGCACACACACACACACACACACAC